AUGCUUGCUGAUAGAGACCCAUUUUUACAAGAAUAUGCUAACAUUGAUAAGUUCAGAAGUACUAAAUAUUACAUUAAAACUAGCUUUCAUAAAAAGAUUUUGGCUUUAUUGACAACGAAAAAACAGAAUCUAGACGAAAAGAUAGAAUACAUGAAUGGAAUUCAAGGGAUGGGGAAAACCACUUCUCUAAUAUACUUUGUCCUGCAAUGUUUAAAUCUUGAAGUUGUAAAAGAUGAUAUUGACAAAAUAAUGAGUCUUACUGAAAUAGGUGAAGAAACUUCUGAAUCUCUUAAAGGGAAAGGGAGAGAGGUGUAUUCAUUUAUCAAUGGACGAUACAUCAUAUCACCAAGGUUACUGAAAUAUUUUCAGACACAAAUACUUUAUGGCAGAUCUAUAGCAGAUGCUUACGCCAUAUAUAUGGAAUUUGAUCUUGAGGAGGGUGACAAAUAUAGACAGCCUACUGCCCAAUAA